AUGAACGCCUCUCAGUCUCAGCCUCUCUUCUACUCGCCAGCACUUCCCUCUGAGCUGCUCUGGUACAUCAUCCACCGAUGCAGUUAUCCCACCACCUUGAUCGUCUGCUCUAGCCGGUUGGAGUUUCUUGCGGCUUUGGCGAGGGAUAUUAAGCGAGGGCAACAGCAAGAAGUAUACGAGGAACAGUCACAGGGUGAACAAGAACAAGGAGAACAAAAAACUUCCUUUCAACCUGAACCAGACCAAGAAGGCAUAUCUACAGAUACACAACAUCGAGAAGAAGAGCCCCAGGAGUCAUCACACUCGCAACUCCCACGGCCAAGUCAACAACAGCAGGCAAUAAUAGCACCACAGCCAACACAAGAUCAGCCCACCAAAACAACAACAACCGCCACAACGACCAAAAUAACCCCCGGCCCCGGCCCCGGCCCCAGUCCCUGGGUCCCCUCCCAACUCCUCGCCUCCCCCCUCUACCAACUCGCCGUAACACGACACAUCCGCACAGUCUUCAUCCCCACCGUGUCCCACCUACGUGCCUUUCUCUCUGUCUUUGACCCCUCCUCUACCAACUCUACCAACAACAGCAGCAGUAGUACCGGCAACAAGGUUCCCGCCCCCCCUCCGCCGCCGCCUUAUGGAUCAGGAUCAGGACCAGAUCAUCAACCUGGUAGUAGUAACCACGGCGGCCAUCAAACAACAACACAACGUAUAAUAAUAGUGUAUGGCUUCCUAGCAUUACACCGCGAUUCAAGCGAGUGGAGCGUGCAAGGACUGAAUAACAGCGUUGCUGUGUUGUUGGAGGCUGGGAGGAGGGUGGGGUUGGGGGUUGUGGUUGUUGAGCCUGUUGGUCAUCAUCACGAUUGUCAUGAUGAUGAUGAGAAGAAAGGGGUUCUGCCGAGAAGUAUGGGUAUGAUGAUGGAGAGUUUACUGGGGGAAAAGAUGCCGGUUGUGAGCGGGAGUGCUUUGAAGGGAACUGGGGCUGGGGAUUUGGAAAGAAGUGUUGGGAUUGCUGGGAAGACGGUGGAUGUGAGGAGGGUGUUGGGUCGGUGGUUCCGGUUUGGGGUUGGGGAGUGGGAAAGGGAGAGGGAAAGGGGCUGUUGUUUGGAGAGGUAA